AUGGUUUCUAUCAAUAUUUUUCUCUCUCUCUCUCUCUCUCUCUCUCUGUUGGCAAUGUUCUUUCGACCUUCUUUCUUUCUUUCUUUCUUUCCCUUGACGAUGUUCUUUCUUUCCCUUGACGAUGGUCUUUCUUUCUUUCUUUCUUUCUUUCUUUCUUUCUUUCUUUCUUUCUUUCUUUCUUUCUUUCCCUUGACGAUGGUCUUUCUUUCUUUCUUUCCCUUGACGAUGGUCUUUCUUUCUUUCUUUCUUUCUUUCUUUCUUUCUUUCUUUUAUUCAAUUCGUUCUUUUUUCUUUUAUUUUUUUUUUAUCUUUAUUUCACUUUAUCUUUAUUUUGUUUAUGGUUUCUAUCAAUAUUUUUUUCUCUCUCUCUCUCUCUGUUGGCAAUGUUCUUUCGACCUUCUUUCUUUCUUUCUUUCUUUCUUUCCCUUGACGAUGUUCUUUCUUUCCCUUGACGAUGGUCUUUCUUUCUUUCUUUCUUUCUUUCUUUCUUUCUUUCUUUCUUUCUUUCUUUCUUUCUUUCCCUUGACGAUGUUCUUUCUUUCUUUCUUUCCGUUGACGAUGGUCUUUCUUUCUUUCUUUCUUUCUUUCUUUCUUUCUUUCUUUCUUUUAUUCAAUUCGUUCUUUUUUCUUUUAUUUUUUUUUAUCUUUAUUUCACUUUAUCUUUAUUUUGUUUAUGGUUUCUAUCAAUAUUUUUUUCUCUCUCUCUCUCUGUUGGCAAUGUUCUUUCUUUCUUUCUUUCUUUCUUUCUUUCUUUCUUUCUUUCCCUUGACGAUGGUCUUUCUUUCUUUCUUUCCCUUGACGAUGGUCUUUCUUUCUUUCUUUCUUUCUUUCUUUCUUUCUUUCUUUCCCUUGACGAUGGUCUUUCUUUCUUUCUUUCCCUUGACGAUGGUCUUUCUUUCUUUCUUUCCCUUGACGAUGGUCUUUCUUUCUUUCUUUCUUUCUUUCUUUCUUUCUUUCUUUCUUUUGGCGAUGUUCUGUUUUUCUUUCUUUCUUUUUCCUCUCCCACGCCCUCUCUAUCUCUCUAUCUCUCUUUUAGCGAUGUUCUGUUUUAUCUCUUUUUUUUCUCUCUUUUUCUUGCUAAUUUUUAUUCUUUCUUUCUUUCUUAAUUUCUUUCUUUCUCUUUCCCUCUCUCUUCGCUGGAUUCUUUCUUUCUUGUAUAUUUUUUAUUGUUUCUUCUUUCCGUUUUUUGUCUCUCUCUCUCUCUCUCCCUCUCUUGGCGAUGAUUUUAAUUUCUUUCUUCCUCUUGGCAGGGUUCUUUCUUUUCCUUUCUUUCUUUCUUUCUUUCUUUCUUGCCUAUUUUUAUUGUUACUUUCUUUCAAAUGUUUUAUCGCAAUUUUCUUUUAUAUUCUUUCAUUUCUUUCUUUUCUUCCAUUUUUGCUUCCUUUAAAGGUCUUUUCUUUUUCUUUCUUUCUUUCCUUCUUUCUUUCUUUCCUUCUUUCUUUCUUUCUUUCUUUCUUUCUCCCUCUUUCUAGCUUAAAUUUACCUAUUCGCAUCUUUCUUUUUAUUUGUUUUUAUGCAUUCUUUCUUUUUUUCUCUUUCUUUCUUUCUUUCUCUCUCAGCCUCUCGCCUUCUUCUUUAUUCCUUUCUUUCUCUUUUACAAUUUCAUUCUCAUUCGCUUUUCUUUGUUUUCUUUAUCAUCUUCUUCCUCUACAUAAUCUAUCUAUCUAUCUAUCUAUCUAUCUAUCUAUCUAUCUAUCUAUCUAUCUUAGUUUGCCGUUCAUGAUCUAUCUAUCUAUCUAUCUAUCUAUCUAUCUUAGUCUGUUCAUUAUCUAUCUAUCUAUUAUCUAUCUAUCUAUCUUAGUUCUGUUCAUUAUCUAUCUAUCUAUCUAUCUAUCUAUCUAUCUAUCUAUCUAUCUAUCUAUCUAUCUAUCUAUCUAUCCGAUCAUCCCAAUAUCUAUCUAUCUAUCUAUCUAUCUAUCUAUCUAUCUAUCUAUCUAUCUAUCUAUCUCGGACCUUUUCAUAUCUAUCUAUCUAUCUAUCUAUCUAUCUAUCUAUCUAUCUAUCUAUCUAUCUAUCUUCUAG